GGCACCGCUUGACGCCUCCCCUCGCUCGGUUGCGGACUCCGCACCAACCGCUUGCUGCUACUUUCCGCCAGCCGGGGAAAAGGCAGCCGCAGCCAGCGACGCCUCACCUCACCUGACCUCCCUCCUCACCCCCGCCCCCAGCCGCAGCGCCCGCCGGAAGGUUCUAGAGAUGGCGGAGGAGAAGGAGUCGACGUCGGUCCCGCUCAGCCAGGCGGCGGAGGCCGUCGACCCCGAGGACCCGGCCAAGUCGCCGCCGCGCCCCAGCUCGCCCACCACCUCCACCCGCAAGGCAUGCUGCGCUGUUCUUCAGAGUUGGGUGUCGAGAAAAUUUAUGACUGGAUGUGUGGUUCUUUUUCCUGUGGCUUUCACGUUCUUCAUCACAUGGUGGUUCGUUCAGUUUGUUGAUGGGUUUUUCAGCCCACUAUACGCAAAACUCGGAGUCAACAUAUUUGGUCUUGGUUUUCUGACUUCUCUGGCAUUCAUAUUUCUGGCUGGAAUAUUUGUUUCUUCGUGGUUGGGUUCAACUGUCUUCUGGGUUGGAGAAUGGUUUAUAAAGAAAAUGCCAUUUGUGAAGCACAUAUAUUCGGCAUCAAAGCAAGUCAGCACUGCCAUUUCACCAGAUCAAAAUACGACAGCAUUUAAAGAAGUUGCAAUAAUUCGGCAUCCACGUGUUGGUGAAUACGCAUUCGGAUUUAUAACAUCAACUGUUGUCCUUCAGACAGACAAAGGUGAUGAGGAAUUGUGUAGUGUUUAUGUGCCAACAAAUCAUCUAUAUAUUGGUGAUAUAUUUCUGCUGAACUCUGAAGAGAUCAUCAGACCAAACUUAUCCAUUCGAGAAGGAAUUGAAAUUAUCGUUUCUGGAGGAAUGACCAUGCCACAAGUAAUUGCAUCGCUAGAUCCCAUCCCAAGAAAGAGCCAGAGCAUCCGCCUAAAUAGAAUAAUGACAUGAGGAUGUGUGAGUCAUCAAAGCAAGGGUCGCAAAUGGGUGGAUGGGACUCCAGUGCUGGUCUGUUUGUGCUGUUCGUUUCUUACGUGUAAAAUGUCAAGGUUGGAUACGGGAACGUGAUGACCAAGCUGGACGGAAGCAUCGUACCGAUGGCCUGGAAUGCUGUUAUGUGACGCAUGUUGUUUUUCUCUGUUUGCUGACUGGUCCAAAGUGUUAACUUCGAUGCACCGGUGGUGUACAACUAGUGUGCCUGAUUACAUUCAUUUGUAAGAGUGUGUCGUGUAAUACCAUGUCGACUUCGUUACUAUAGUAUACAUACCAUGCUGACUGGUUUCUUUGUGAACAUCUCUUUGUUUCA